UUCAGUACUGUACCAGAAGCAAAAGGACUUGUUCUGCAGAUGUAGACACCGUAACCCAAAAAUUUGUAUUGGAAUAUAAACAGGACAAGAGUAUGAAACGUGACUUGGGUUCACAACUUUAGAAAAAAAAAACAUGAAUUUGUUCAAGAGUUUGGUUCUUGUCUUCAUUAAUACAGUACUGGUACUGUGCUCUGACGAUGAAACACGUUUGGUCGCCAGCCUGUUUAGCAAUUAUAACAAAGUUGUGAGGCCUGUGGAGGAUCAUCAGGAUGCAGUUGUGGUGACAGUAGGACUGCAACUUAUUCAGCUCAUUAGUGUGGAUGAAGUAAAUCAGAUUGUAACAACCAAUGUGCGCCUAAAACAGCAAUGGAAAGAUGUUAACUUACAAUGGAAUCCAGAUGAAUAUGGUGGCAUAAAAAAAACUAGAAUCCCUUCAAGUGACAUUUGGCAUCCAGAUCUUGUACUUUACAACAAUGCGGAUGGUGAUUUCGCUAUUGUUCAGGAGACAAGAGUGCUUUUGGAGUACACUGGUAUGGUAACAUGGACACCUCCAGCCAUUUUCAAAAGCUACUGUGAAAUAAUAGUUACCCAUUUCCCAUUUGAUCUUCAGAACUGCAGUAUGAAGUUGGGAACGUGGACAUAUGAUGGCACUAAAGUAGUCAUUAAUCCGGAAAGUGAUCGCCCAGAUUUGAGUAGCUUCAUGGAGAGUGGCGAGUGGGUAAUGAAGGACUAUCGUGGCUGGAAGCAUAGGGUUAUUUAUGCAUGUUGCCAAGAUACUCCAUACUUGGACAUCACUUAUCACUUCCUGAUGCAGCGCUUACCGCUCUACUUCAUCGUGAAUGUCAUCAUUCCAUGCCUGCUUUUCUCAUUCUUGACUGGCUUAGUAUUCUAUCUUCCCACAGACUCGGGUGAGAAGAUGACCCUGAGUAUUUCUGUCCUGCUGUCUCUAACUGUGUUCCUGCUGGUCAUUGUGGAAUUGAUUCCUUCUACAUCUAGUGCUGUACCUCUGAUCGGCAAAUACAUGCUCUUUACUAUGGUAUUUGUGAUCAUGUCCAUCAUCAUCACCGUUAUUGUGAUCAACACUCACCACCGCUCUCCAAGCACUCAUACGAUGCCCGCCUGGGUUAGAAAGAUCUUUAUUGAGACAAUCCCAAAUGUCAUGUUUUUCUCUACCAUGAAGCGUCCAUCUCAAGAUAAACAGGAAAAGAGAGUCUUCACUGAGGACAUUGACAUCUCUGACAUCUCAGGAAAGCCUGGGCCUGCUUCUGUCACUUAUCAGUCAGCACUGACUAAAAAUCCAGAUGUAAAGAGUGCUAUUGAGGGAGUCAAAUACAUCGCAGAAACCAUUAAAUCAGACCAAGAAUCCAGUAAUGCUGCAGAAGAAUGGAAGUUUGUUGCAAUGGUUGUUGAUCACAUCCUGCUUGGUGUCUUUAUGAUGGUGAGCAUAAUUGGGACUUUAGCUGUGUUCGCUGGACGUCUCAUUGAACUGAAUCAAAGGCUAGGCCUCCACACUGCAAUAGAGUAUGUCCUAUCCGGAUGUAAAGGAUCGCCUGCAAACUUAUCAACCUGUAUCAACAUGUUGAAUAUAUCAGUGUGCAGAAAACCAACCAAGAUCCUGAAACUCUGGCGGUGAUAGCCAGAAAAGAGUGUCCUGCACUAAUGAUAGUAAAUUUCAUCUGUUCCCCCACCACCACCACAAACACGUACUUCAGAAAAAAAGAUAGAAGUAAAGCUACUUCACUGAGUUUCAGGAAAUAUAAGAUCUUAUUGAUGAUGAACAAGUCAUAUUUUUCAGAGUCUAGUCUAAAAGAAACCAUGAAAUGAAUUGUGUGAUAUUUGUCAGCUUCUGUGUUAUACUACAAAAGAUGGAAUAUUUAUUUCAUGAUUUAGUGUUUACUGGAGCAACUCUUUUAACUCACUGUCAUUUGAUUACUCACUGUUUGCAUUGUUAACCAGUUGCAUUUCUCAUUCCAUUUCAGUGGAUAUUAUAUACAGCAUAUAGCACAGACAUAUUAAAAAAAAGAAAAACAAACAUUUUAAUGCAAGCAUGCAAUUAUGCCAAAGGUUAGCCUUGCAAUCAAAUACAAUAGGUCGGAGCUGUGGGAUAAUGACGGAUUUCCCUCUAGUGGCCGAAGUGAAUAAUAUUGCCAUCUUACUAAACGUUCAUAUAAGCUUGUUUUUGCACUAAUGGGCUGAGCUAUUGAACAUACAAAUGCCUUUUCUUUGUAAACAGCACACAUUAUAAUCAUCAUAGUAUUACCACUUUUGCAUUUUCAGGUAUAAAUACUCAAAGUUUGAAAGCAUGUCCACUGUAAAAUGGGCCUUUGAGACACUGUCUUCACUAUUUUUACGUGUUGUAGUUCUAAUGUUUUAUUUGAAAAUAUUGAGUCUGUAUGACAUCAUAGUUUCAGUUGCAGAAAUUUGUCUCAAACUUAUUAGACAGAUCUGGGCAACAGCUCCUUUUUUGAAAUUCAUUAACUGCGGAGUCACUGUAUGUCACAGAACCAUACAAGUUUCAGUAGGACUGUUUGUGUAAUUGACGUUUCUCCUGUAAUAACUACCUAUAUGUGUAUGGAAAAGGAACUUGGCAAUAUGUUUGUAGAUGCAGAACUGCAGACAGUAAAAGUGAUCAUAACUGC